AUGGGGCACAGGCCAGGAUACUGGGUAGCAUCAGAGGGUAGCAGAAGCUCUGAGGAUGAUCCAGAGAGGGGCAGAGGGAAGGGGCUUGUGGAUGCAGCAGGUCCUGGGGUGGGCUCUGGGAUGGCCAGAAUGCUUGGCACUGCAGAUGGCAUAGCACACAGGGACAGCCCCAGGGGCCAAGGGAUGUCGGGGACUCAGGGAGGGCCACAGACCCUCUCAGAUGGGCGGGAUUCCACAACUGGUCUUGGGGGCUAUGAAACCUUGGGGAUCCCUGAGGCCUUGGGGGCUGUUGUUGAGGGAAUAUCAAGCAUCAGAGAGCGGCAAGAUGGUUCUGGAAUCCCAGGGUCCUCUAGUGACAGAGGGGCUGUCAUAGGAGAGGGUCCAAGGACAGCAGACAGGGGCAGAGUUGCUCGCCAGGAGGGGGUGGCUCCUCAGGGACAUGGGCACACGCUGCUGGGAGGCAGAAGGAUUCAGGGAGCAGGUUCAGGGAGCUCGGCAGGGACAGAGCAGGUUCUGGACAGCAGCUCCAUGCCUGGUGGAAGGAGCAAAUCAAUGUCAGGGCCUGCCGAUGGGCGAGGGGGGUCACUGGAGGCUGAGAAUGGCAAGGCCCAGGGUUCUGGGGCCCUGAACGAGUAUGAGAGAUGGGAAGCAGAAGGGUCUGGUGGGUCGGAUGGGAGGCCUGGUGCACUCAGGAGCGGGUCUCAAGCACAGGCAGGGGAUGAGUUUGGAGUAGCAAAGGGAAGGGGAGUAGAUGAGGCCAGAGGCCUGGGACAGUCACCCAGACAUGAGAACAGAGGGUGCCUGGGGGCAACUCCGAGUGAAGACCAGAGCAGGGAGCCCCCACGUCAUCUCAGCAGCAGGAGAGGUGGCAAAGAGGGCGGGUCAGACGUCCAUGGCGAGGGGCGGGAUGCCACCCGGAGUCCCAGAUCCAGAUCCAAGCCUGGUGCCAGCAGUUUCUCCAAGGAGGCCCGAGGCCCCGUAGACCACUUCUCCCAGGGCCUGGCUGACAUGGAGGUACAGCAGGGGGAGGCCGUCACGCUGUCCUGUGUCCUCACCAGUGACCUGGGACCUGGCACCUGGUUUAAGGAUGGAGUCAAGGGCUGGUGUCUGUCUCCACUGGCAGCCCCCGAGGGACGACGGGGGCCGUGCUGUAGAGCACUACAUGGUGGAGAGGCGGNUUUAUCCCCAGAUCCCCCCACCAUUGCUCCAGAUGUGACAGAGAAACUGAGAGAGCCACUGAUGGUCAAGGCUGGGAAGCCGGUGACAAUGAAGAUCCCCUUCCAGAGCUGACACCCUGUUCAAGCAGUCUGGAGGAAGGACAGGGCCGAGGUGGUGGGCAGCAGCAGCAGCAGCAGCAAGGGGCCACAGGUGGCCCUGGGGGACAGCUACGCACGGCUGUGCCUCCCCAGUGUGGGCAGGAAGGAUGGUGGCCAGUACAGUGUGACGCUGAGGAGUGAGGGAGGCUCUGUGCAGGCUGAGCUCAUCCUGCAAGUCAUAGCUCUCCCUGGGCCACCUUCCACCCCAGCCAUCCUGUCAGCCUCCAGCCGGGGCAUCACAUUAACAUGGACGGCACCUCGGGGCCCUGGCAGUGCCCACAUCCUGGGCUACGUGAUUGAGAAGCGUAAGAAGGGGGGCAACGCCUGGACAGCAGUGAACGAGCAGCCCGUGCCUGGACCCCCUGGGCCUGUGCGGGAUCUCCGAGUCACAGACACGUCGCACACCAGCAUCACCCUAAGCUGGGCAGGGCCAGAUGCCCAGGAUGGGGACGAAGCCCAGGGAUAUGUGGUGGAGCUGUGUGGCUCAGACAGUCUGCAAUGGAACCCGUGCCAUGCGGGCACCGUGCCAGUCACCACCUACACAGCCAAGGGGCUUCGGCCCCAAGCAGGCUACUUCGUGCGGGUGACAGCAGUUAGCGACGGGGGCCGUGGUGAGCCCACUGCCCUGGACACAUUAGUGCAAGCCAUGCCUGCCACUGCUCUCCCUGGGCCACCUUCCACCCCAGCCAUCCUGUCGGCCUCCAGCCGGGGCAUCACAUUAACAUGGACGGCACCUCGGGGCCCUGGCAGUGCCCACAUCCUGGGCUACGUGACUGAGAAGCGUAAGAAGGGGAGCAACGCCUGGACAGCAGUGAACGAGCAGCCCGUGCCUGCUGAGCCCGAGCAGGUCCUCGUCCUUGUCCUGGCUCCCCUCCUGGCUCCAGCAUCCUUUGGCUUUAUCAGUCCAGAUUGA